GGCACUGCUGUUCUUCCAUCUGCCGCCUCCUCUGUCCACCCUGUCCCCAGCUUAUCCAGGAAGGCACAGCCAGGAACGCAUCGUCACUCACCAGCAACACAGCGAUUAAAGGAGCGAGCAGAGGACUUGUUCUCUACCAGCCGCGGCCACUCCUCCCACAGCUCGCGGGCCUCGAGAUGUUCAGGGGCUGCGGCCUGUUCGUCUGCGCCCGCCGGGGGCGCGGCGACCUCAGGAAGCGUGGCGAGCUAGGCGGCGCGAGCUCGCGGGUAGCGCCGGCCGAGCCGGUGUGCGUGGACGAGUCAGAGGACAGCGGCGCCGCGCGGCAGCUGGCGUGGGCGGAGGUGGAGGCCGCCACGGGUGGCUUCUCGUCCAAGGUGGUCGGCCGCGGCGGGUUCAGCACGGUGUACCUCGCCUCGCUCUCCUCCUCCUCCUCGCGGCUCGGCGCCGUCAAGGUGCACUGCAGCAGCGAGCGCCUGCACCGCGCGUUCCGCCGGGAGCUCGACGUGCUCCUCUCCCUCCGCCACCCGCACAUCGUCCGCCUCCUCGGAUACUGCGACGAGCGGGACGAGGGCGCGCUGGUGUUCGAGUACGCGCCCAACGGCGACCUCCACGAGAGGCUCCACGGGGGCGCGGCCGGCGUCCAGGUCCUCCCCUGGGCGCGUCGCGUGGCGGUCGCGUUCCAGGUGGCCACGGCGCUGGAGUACCUCCACGAGGGCCGCGACCCGGCCGUCAUCCACGGGGACGUCAAGGCCUCCAACGUCCUCCUCGACGCCAGCAUGGACGCCAGGCUCUGCGACUUCGGCUUCGCCCACGUCGGCGUCGCGGCCACGAUGGGCGGCCGGCCCUCGGAUCGCGCCGUCAUGGGAUCCCCGGGCUACGUCGACCCUCACCUCCUCCGCUCCGGAGUGCCCACCAAGAAGAGCGACGUGUACAGCUUCGGCGUGCUGCUGCUCGAGCUCUUGACGGGCAAGGAGGCCGUCUGCCGCGAGACAGGGCACCGGCUCACGGCCGCGGUGAGGCCCAAGCUCAGCGACGGUCAAUUGCCGGACGUCCUGGACCCGAGGCUGCGAGGAGACUGCGACGUCUCUGAGGCGGCAGCCGUGGCGGAGCUCGCCAUGCAGUGCGUGAGUGAUAGCCCCGGGCUCCGACCGUCCAUCGCCGACGUGGUGCGCGUGCUCCAGGAGAAGACCUCCGCCGAUGGAUCGAGAUUGGGCCGCAAGAUGUUGUCCUAAGAUAGAUGAACGGCGCAGAUUGUAAAUAUCUCCUUGAUGGCGCUAGAAUUAUGUUGAGGGUAGCUAGCAGAAGAAUUGGUGCAGUGAGAGCAGGGGCGUCCAUGGGCCUGUGCAGGCUGGGCGACCGCACAGGGCCCCCAAAGUUGAAGGGCCCCCAAGUUAAUCUAAAAUAUAUGUAUAUAUCUAUAGACAUUCAGCAGCUUCUAAUUUUCUAGGUCAUCAGUUUA